CACACGUCGCAAGCAAGGGCCCAAUCACAGUUACCCUGAACUCAGCUGUCAUGAAGCAUUAUAAAAAGGGAAUCUCCCAGCCCUUGGUGAAGAGCUGUAGUCCAGACCAUGUGGAUCAUGUUGUCCUGCUGGUUGGCUAUGGGCAUGUGAUGGAUAGGCGGUACUGGGUCAUCAAGAACUCCUGGGGGGAAGACUGGGGAGAGAAGGGCUAUUACCGUCUCUAUCGUGGCAGGAACGCCUGCGGCAUCACUACGUUCCCUGUAACAGCCACCGUCAACCGCGUUGGGGCUCCGGGACAUAACGUCCACUGCCCGCCCUGAAGGGGGUGCUGCUGCUGCAGAGAGCCUGCUGACUCCCUGCCAAGACCCCUGCCACCACCAAGACAGAACUAACUGGGGCCACGGGCCUUCCCUGGGUGAUGCGGGGAAUGAAUUCGAUACUCAGAGUGCUCUAGCUCCAUCCCCACAGGUACCCAGAGCUGGGCUCGGCCCUUCCAGCAACACUGCCUCCGUGCGAAUGCUCCUUCCCUUUGCUGCAGCAGCGAAAGGGGCCAGUGAAACUGCCAUUAAACUGCUUUUAUGUGCUGUGUGUGUGGCCCCUUUGAUGGGGAGAGGUUGUUUAAUUGUUAACUUGAGUGUACCACCCGACUCCCCCCAGGCUACGCACUCCACACACCAGCACCCUCGGUACAGCAACGGUGCUGGCUUUAUUGAGAUGCUACGAUCACAGCUAAGGGGGUUUCCAGGUGCUGCCCCCAGGGCCAUGAUGGGGGAGAAACACCCCUUUCCCCAGCAGCUCUUAAUUCCAGCCUGGGCAUAAGACCUCCCCCCACCACCUCUGAUGUAAGGAGCUGGCCUGAUCCCAGACAAAGCAGCUGGGUCUGCACCCCAGGUGGCGGUUUGGGGGGGGGGCAGCAGCCCUGACACCCCCCUCUACAUGGUCCCAUGUCAGCAAUGUGCACCCUGGGGGCAGCUAGUGGUUCACUGCACAGCAGGGGGCCUCGGCUCCCAGUCCUGGCUCUGAUCCAGUGAGGGCUCCUAUGGGAUCUAUUGCAGCUCUGGUCUCUAUUGUCCCCCAGAGGCGGUUCAGGCAGCAACCAGGCCCUCACUCACUGGCAUGUUGAUAUGGGCAGUCAGCAAGGGCAUGCUCUGGCCCUCCCGCAAUACAA